GCUCUCGGGACAAAUCAUCAGCCUCGGUUGAUUUACAAUCCCCCGUAAAAGAUCGUCGUAUCGGCGCAACGUUCGUUUCCAUUCACGAAUCGGUUAACAAUAAAUCACGUUUAUCUUGGGGCCAGCUGGAGGUUACUCCGUACGAAUCAACGUCACGUUGCAAUAACGGAACUACGUCAUAAAUUAGCGAGAGAGCUGCCUCGGCGGCCAGGUAGCCCGACAAAAAUUCUCUGGCUACCUCGCGUCACACCGGUUUCUCGGCACCGUUCCCUUCCACGCGAUCCACGAAGGUCAAGUACUUUUCACUACAGUUCCAUCCGUUCUUCCGGUUAUCCGGUCGGAUCCUUGCCCCCUCCUUCCUUUCUCCUUCCGUUUCAAAUUUUUCAAACGUAUUAACGCAAUUCGUUCUUCGUUCCUCGAACUCUAGAGAGAAAGAGAGGAAAAGAGAGAGAGAGAAAGAGAGAGAGAGAGGAAAGAAACCAAAGGAAAAGGACAGAAGGAAGAUUUCUAGUUGGAUCUAGAUACGAGGAUACGAAGAAGAGCGAGAGAUUGAGAGGAAAUUGGAGGUCUCGAUAGGAGUGCAGGGUGGAAGUCGAACUCGUUGGUUACGUCGGAAGAGCGAACGUUUACACGGUCGUAAAACGGUGACACGGAGGGGGUUUUACAUGCGUCAUCGUCGUGCGGGUACAAAUCGCACGCGACCAUACGUUUCGACGACAGUACACGUGCGUAACGACGCGCUCGAUCGCUCCUGCGAAACACGGGGCUACGAUCCUCUUUCAAGGACACACGGUGAUAAAUGCGGUGCCGGAGAUGACGUCCUCCGCGUUCUCCAAAAUGUCCACCAUCCGGCUGGUACUGCUGUGCUUGGUCGUCACGUGUAACGGUGUACCUGUGCCAGAAGAGACUGAUGAAGUUACCACGAUCAAGUCCACGACGAUCACCGGGAUCUCCAUUGAUCCCGAAAUCAAGGGUCACUCGAUGGACGAUAUCUUGCCAGGAACGAAAACGCCACCGAGCCCAUCAGUAAUAUUCGUGGACGUUCCAGAACACAUAGAGACGGAACUCGGCUCGUCCGUGCUUCUAGCGUGUAGAACCGCUAAUCCUGUGGCCGAGUGCCAAUGGUCCUGGCAACCUUUGCCUCCGGUUCACCUGCCAUUACCGGAUAUCAGUGAAACUCCGGCGACCACCACCACGGUCUCGAUGAUUCAGACGACAACCACGCCGACUACCAAUCCGUUGCCGGUACGACAAUUUCCUGCCUUCGGGAACAAUAGCAACGACUGUUCCGUAAGAUUCUCGAGUACGAAGCACGAGCAGACCGGAUACUGGACCUGCGCCGCGAGAACUUCCACGAAUGAUCCUUUCACCAGCACGGAACCUGCCAAGCUGAGCAUCGUUAAUGAGCACCAGAGUCCCUUGAUCGUAUUUUCGAAGCUUGAUAACAUCGUCGAGGUCCCAGCAGGAUCCUCGGCGCAAAUAAUGUGCCAGAUGAAAUCACCUGUCCGUGAAUGCCAAUGGUCCUGGCGGCAGUUGAACCAAUCCCAGCCGUGGAACCUCGAGGUGAAGCGAUUCCCAGCUUUCGGCAACGACAGCACGGAUUGCAGUAUUAAGUUCAAGAACGUGUUGCCCGAGCAAGAAGGAUACUGGACAUGCGGCGCCAGAAUCGAUCCCAAUUCCUCCUUCACACAGUCGAAUCCCAUACGAUUUCUUAUUUCGGAAGUCGAAUUCGUACAAUUGUCUAGAGGAAUUCAAGUAGCAUCUGGCGAAUCCGUGCUACUCAGAUGUCUGGUAAACAAGCCGGUGGUACAAUGUGAAUGGUCUUGGAAAUCUUCGAACUCGAGUCAAGAACCUCUGUUAGUCAAGAAGUUCAAUCCGAACAAAGACACCGAUCAUGACUGUUCGGUGAGGUUCAAGAAUAUCUUGUACGAGGAGGAAGGAUUAUGGACGUGUGGUGUUCGACUGUCGCCAGAGGGAAUUUUGCACGAAGCGCCACCCGCGACUGUUAGCCUUCUACCUACAGCCAAAGUUAACUUCGUUGAAAUGCCGACGGACACUUCCGUACCGGUUGGUACGGAAGCCAUGUUAAAAUGCGUAACAAGCAGCCGUGUGGAGAAGUGUACGUGGUUCUGGAAACCGCUUCACGGAAAUGAACCGGAGAUCGUGAUUGAAGAAUAUCCAAGCAAUGGCGACCUUGGUAGAGACUGUUCGUUCACAUUUCCGAAAGUGUAUAUCGAAAAGCAGGGCCAAUGGGCCUGUCAAGUGUCGAUCAGUUCCCUCAACACGAUAUUGACCUCGCCGUACGUCAAACUCACCGUAUUCGAGCAAGACGACGUAAAAUUCUCAGAGCUAUCUAAAGACAUUCAAAUAACAGCCGGUGGAAGCGUUUUUCUCCAUUGUGUCACUUCCUCGGCCGUGGAACAGUGCCGAUGGUCCCUGACGCCGGUGAACUCGAACACAACGGUAGUGGUGAAGCAAUUUCCGGCGGCCGGAAGCGAGGCCAGAGACUGUAGUGUCAGGCUGACGCACGCGCUCGCGGAACAGGAAGGACUGUGGACCUGUGGUGCCAGGAUACGCGGCAGACAGAACUACACGGACGCACCUCCGGCCAAGCUAAGCCUCCUGGAACCAGAACCAGUGACUGUGGUAUUGUGGGCUGUGCCCCAUCAAAUGGUUACUCUUUCGUGCAAAGUAGAAACUAUGUUAUCAGAAGUACAAUGCCAUUGGAUCCAUGCGUCAAAAACCCAUAUUUAUCAGAAUAUGAAUGGAACAAAAAGGCACAAUAUUCACAUGAAUAAUAAUACAGGUGUAUGUACAUUGGAAUAACCGAAUUAUUCAGAUUUAGGGAAAUGGAUGUGCAAAUUCACUGUUCCCCACACGGAUGAAGAAAUAGGCAAUGCAUCACUUCUUCUGUUAAAUAGUAUUGGAGAUGAAAAAUUGGGAUGGAUAGUUGGUGUCCUGACGACAUUAACGUUAUUUCUGAUGAUUAUUAUAGUUGUUUUAGUAGUUUGUAAAACACGUUUAUUUGUCAGAAAGUCAUCACGUGUUUUAGAAACUAUAUCUACAUCGGAAAAGAAACAAACUUCGCAAUUAAACAAUGGACAUUAUAUCGAAAAUCGAACAAAAUUAGAUAUACAAGUUUCUGAGCAACAUGAUCAAAAUAUGACAAAUAUUGAGAGUAUUCUUCCUAAUAGAAGUCCAAAUUUAUACGAACGCGUUGGAAAAUAUAGAUCAUCAUCAAAGUAUGAAAAUAUUCGAAUAUGAAAGAAAUAUUAAUCAUAAAAUCUUAAGAUUAGCUUAUAUUUCAAAUAAACAUCUAUAAGAAAUUUACAUUAAUUU